AUGUCUCAGCAUCCUUUUCAGCUUUGAUUGCAGUGCAGAGGGUGGGCUGGAUCCGCACGGUGUUGAAGACUGCGUUGAAGCCGAAUGAUUUACUCGUUCGGGGUUGAAAUAGAGAAAGGGGCGCGAUGAUAAACCAGGAAAUAUUUGCAGCUGUUCCUGGUGUCCACAGGGAAUUCUGAAGCAAGUGCUGGAUCAUGCUUCCCCAACUCCAAGUGCUUAAGCCUUUUAUUAGACUUUCUUCUGAAUAAGCCAUUUCACUACUGUACCAAAUUAAAAAAAAAAAAAAAAAAAAAUGGCGAGUGGUGGAGGUGGUGGUAAUUGCAAGCCAAAUUCAAACUGGAGCAAACCUCAAGAAAAACUCCCAGUGCAUGUGGAAGAUGCUCUUUCUUAUUUGGACCAAGUAAAAAUCCGUUUUGGAAGUGAUCCAGCUACUUAUAGUGGAUUCUUGGAGAUUAUGAAAGAAUUCAAAUCUCAGAGCAUUGACACUCCUGGAGUUAUCCGCAGGGUCUCUCAGCUGUUCCACGAGCAUCCAGACCUGAUGCUUGGAUUUAAUGCCUUUCUGCCACUUGGUUACAAAAUUGAACUUCCAAAAAAUGGCAAAGUGGUUGUUCAGACAUCCCUGGCUAGCCCUGUGUCAUCAGAUGCAACCACUAGCUCUUUGUCUAGCAGUCGUGUAAUAGUGCCCCCAGUUCCUGAAAAUGUACUCAGUGAGGUGCCUGAGGAGUCUCGUCAGCAGGAAAAGGAGAAGCCUCAGCCCCCUCCAGAAUCUGACUCACUGGAGUUUCACAAUGCUAUUAGCUAUGUGAAUAAAAUAAAAACUCGGUUUUUGGACCGGCCUGAAAUCUACAGAUCUUUCCUAGAAAUCCUCCACACAUACCAGAAGGAUCAACUGAAUCCCAAAGGUCGCCCUUUCCGAGGUAUGUCAGAGGAGGAGGUGUUUACAGAGGUUGCAAGUCUGUUUCGUGGACAGGAAGAUCUGUUGUCUGAAUUUGGCCAGUUCCUUCCAGAGGCAAAGAGAUCCCUGUUCACAGGAAAUGGUGCUUGUGAUCUUAGUUCAAGGAAACUUGAGUACCAGCGGAACCUAGAACAAAGCCGUAAGAGGUCUAGACCCCUUCUAUUGCGUUCCAUGCCUUCCUCCAAGAAGAAGAUGAAGAUGCGAAAGUCCAAGGAUCAGUCUAUGGCUAGUGUAGGGAAGUAUGGCACUCUGCAGGAGUUCUCAUUCUUCAAUAAGGUCCGCCGAGUUCUUAAGAGCCAAGAAGUCUAUGAAAACUUUCUCCGUUGUAUCGCACUUUUCAACCAGGAAUUGGUUUCUGGUUCUGAGCUUCUGCAACUGGUCACACCAUUUCUAGGAAAGUUUCCUGAACUCUUUGCACAGUUCAAGUCUUUCUUGGGUGUUAAAGAGCUUUCGUUUGCUUCACCAGUAACAAACGACCGCUCCAAUGAGGGCAUUGGGCGGGAGAUCGAUUAUGCAUCCUGCAAGCGCAUUGGCUCCAGUUACCGUGCUCUACCCAAAUCUUUUCCACACCCAAAAUGCAGUGGGAGGACUGCACUCUGCAAGGAGGUAUUAAAUGACACCUGGGUGUCAUUUCCUUCGUGGUCUGAAGAUUCUACUUUUGUGAGUUCCAAAAAGACUCCAUAUGAGGAGCAGCUUCACCGCUGUGAAGAUGAGAGGUUUGAGCUGGAUGUUGUUUUGGAAACCAAUUUGGCUACCAUUCGUGUGCUUGAAAGUGUCCAAAAGAAACUCUCCCGCAUGUCUCCUGAAGAUCAGGAAAAGUUCAGGCUAGAUGACCGCUUGGGAGGCACUUCAGAGGUUAUACAACGCAGGGCAAUCUACAGAAUAUAUGGGGACAAAGCUCCAGAUAUUGUAGAGAGUCUAAAGAAAAACCCAGUUACUGCUGUACCUGUAGUAUUAAAGAGACUGAAAGCAAAAGAAGAGGAGUGGCGGGAAGCACAGCGGGGCUUUAACAAGAUAUGGCGAGAGCAGUAUGAAAGGGCAUACUUGAAGUCUUUAGACCACCAGGCUGUCAAUUUUAAGCAGAAUGACACAAAAGCCCUGCGCUCCAAAAGCUUGCUUAACGAGAUAGAAAGUGUCUAUGAUGAGCGGCAGGAGCAGCAACCAGACGGCAGGACAACGACAUCCAGUGGACCCCACUUGAUCUACACUUAUGAGGACUGGCAAAUUCUGGAAGAUGCUGCAGCUCUAAUAACGUUCUAUGUGAAUCGGCAACCAACCAUCCAGAAGGAAGACAAGGACACAAUUUGGCAGGUUCUGCACCAGUUCCUUCCUGAGCUGUUUUUCUCAUCAUCAUCAUCAUCUCCUUCCUGCCAAUCCUUAUUUGCUGCUUCUGCAGAUGAGGGUCCAACUGAGACUGUCACAGAAUCUUCUGUCACUGAACUGCCAGAACGCCGAAGGAAGACUGUGACUACUGAAGUAGCCCAAGAGCCCCCUCCCCCAGUCGAGACACCCCAUGAACCCCCUCCAAAGACCAUAGAUGAAGUUUACAGUUUGUUCUACACCAACAACAACUGGUAUUUUUUUCUGCGGCUUCACCAUACUCUGUGCUCUCGGCUUCUAAAGAUAUAUCGACAGGCACAGCAACAGCUGAUGGAAUACCGGACUGAGAAAGAAAGAGAAAAACGAUUAUUUGAUGGCAGGAGAGACCGAUCAAAUGGACCAGCCAUGGAGCUCCGGCUGAAGCAGCCUAGUGAAGUGGAGUUAGAAGAAUAUUAUCCUGCUUUCCUGGACAUGGUGAGAAAUCUUUUUAUUGGCAAUCUGGAUCCAACACAUUAUGAAGACACGUUGCGUGAAAUGUUCACCAUUCAUGCUUACAUUGUUUUCACCAUUGACAAGCUGGUUCAAAACAUUACACGACAGCUCCACCAUCUAGUAAGUGAUGAGAUUUGCCUUAAAGUGGUAGAGCUGUACCUGAGUGAAAAGAAGCGAGGAGCUGCUGGGGGUAGCCUUGCUUCACAGUGUGUCAGAGCUGCCAAGGAAGCCAGUUACCAAUGGAAGGCUGAACACUGUAUGACAGAUGAGAAUUGCUUCAAGAUGAUGUUUUUGCAGCGCCAGGGUCAGGUAACAAUGACUAUCGAGCUGUUAGACACAGAAGAUGUGCAGACUGAAGACCCCACAGAGGUUCAGCAUCUAGCCAAUUAUAUGGAGCAGUUCAUUAAUGUGGAUGGAGCCCAUAGCAGUCAGAGCGAAGGCUUUGUCUUAAAACCUGUAUUGUUACAGAGAAAUAUCAGAAGUUUCCAUAGCUGGCAAUAUAGGACUAUGAGAGUUAUGAAGGAUGAAGUGAAGUCAUCUUGGAAGAAGCUUAUGGGAGUAGAAAGCGCUAGUAACAUGGACUGCCGCUUCAGGCUCAACAGCCACAAAAUGAUGUUUAUUAUUAAUUCAGAAGACUAUAUGUACCGCUGGGGAACACUUUCCGGAGCCAGAGAGGUACAGCCACAAGUUUUCCAAAGACACCAUGAGAAGUUUUCUGAAUGGCACAACCGCUGGCUUGAGGAAAACGUCAGUCCAAGAGCUGCGCAAGUCAUACAGGAUUGGCUUACAGGAGAAGAAGAUGAGGAGAUGGUUCCUUGCAAGACGGUGUGUGAGAACUCUGAAGUUCAUGGCAUGAGUGUUACCCGAUAUCGGGUGCAGUACCCUCGCAGGGCUGCCUCUCCCUAACACACCCAAAAACACAGUCACAUUUCUACAUUUGCUGCUCAACUACAUUUCAUAGGGCUGGGGUUUCUUAUUUUAUUUUUAAUUUUUUUUGGUCUUUUUUUUUUGUUUUGGUGUGCCUGAUAUAAACUAGAAUAUGCUGAACAAUAU